GAUACGUGAAAAAAUUGUCAUGCUACGCCCACUAGAAGUAUGUUAGUAAUUUAUUUAAAAUAUGAGUACGAUCCUAGAGUCUGGCAUGGAGGCGUCAACGUCAGAGCGAACUCAGUUCUUUCAUCAGUCGGCUCGGCAUGAAAGUGAGGGCGAUAAAGAGCACUUCUCUGACUCCGAAGUUUAUAUUACACACCAACAUGAGCGCCAUGACAAGCGUUUGAAACAUGGAUCAGAUUUGAACACCAAACCCCACCUAGAGGAUGAAAAUUCUUUUCAAUUUGUAUUUUAUUUAGCGCAUCGUUGCAUUUCAUGGAUGCAAAUUGUGACGAAAGAUCGAUCCUCGCAGACAAUUGUUUCAUUCAUUCUGGGUGUUGUUCUCGGGAUCACUCUAACAGCUUUAUUAUUCCAGCACCGAUUUCUGAUUGGGGGGAUGGAAACGAAGAAAUCUGAAUAUUUUUUCAAUGACGUUUUACAACACACCAUCCCAUAUGAAGUCAGGUUAAAAGAAAUCAAUAAUAUGAUGGGUAAGGAUCCGAUUAUGGAGCCUGAAUUUGGAAAAGGGAGGGGAGAUUACCCUGUCGUAAAAGCUGAUAGCCCAAAACAUGUAGUUGAAGAACCCCCAUUUGAAGAGACCGUCCCUAAAUCGAUAAAUAAAGAAAUAAAUUUUGGUUCCAAAGUGUUCGUUGGGGUUAUUACUGCUGAAAUUUUCCUCGGAUCACGAGCAAUAGCAGUGAAUUCAACAUGGGGGUCCCAAGUCGAUAAACUCUCAUUUUUCACCGAGCUUGGAUCUGCGGAGAAAUAUGGCGUUCCUGUGAUUAACCUAGAGGGCGUUAGCGAUAGGGAGUACCCCCCACAGAAAAAAGCGUUCAAAAUGUUGAAACACAUGUGCGAGAACCAUAUCGACGAUUAUGAUUGGUUUAUUAGAGCUGACGAUGACGUCUAUAUCCGCGUUGAAGAGCUAAAAGAGUUUCUGGGCUUGAUUGACAGCAAUAAACUAAUCUACAUGGGUCAACCGGGGCAUGGGGUCCCAGAAGUGCGGGACCGACUUGGCCUAAACGGACAUAAUUUCUGUAUGGGCGGCCCUACGGUGAUGUUCAAUCGAAAAGCACUCAAAAAACUGUGCCCACAUCUCGAUGAGUGUAUGGCUGAGGUUGUCUCUGGUGAGGAAGACGUUGAAAUAGGUCGUUGCGUGAGUAACCAUCUACAUAUUGAGUGCACUCACGCUUGGGAGACUUUGAAAUUAUUUUAUCAUUCCUACCAAGAAGAAUACACUGAGGAACGUCCGUUUUUAGGGAAUUUAGCCGAGAAUGUUCAUCUCCAGAAAGCAAUUACGCUCCAUCAUGUUAAAGUACCGUACAUUAUGUACAAAAUUCAUCGACAUUUUACAAGCUUACUUCUGAAUUCCUCGACCCAAGAAAUAUCGUAUUUACGGCACCAAUCAAAAGCUUUGAACGAGCACCUUCCAGUUUUUAAACACCGCCAACUAUCGACGGUAAAAAUUCCUCCCCGGCCUUACAAAGCUGAAAAAAUUAACGGUGUAACAUCGUGGAAGUCGUUCAACGUCGAAGCAAUGUUCGGUCUGUCGUAUAUGACUCCCAGUCGAGAUAUUACAAACGAUUGUUUAGCUGAUCUCAAACAAAUCGGGGAAACUGCUAUCGACGUAGCGAUAGAUCACAGCGCUACACACUUAACAUACAGUCAUUUAGCGGGGGGAUAUUACCGUACUGACCCAUUACGAGGCACAGACUAUCUAUUGGAUAUUUCGUUUUCUAGCAAAGAGGAAGGAAAACCUAACGAGGUCAAGCGAGUUCAUAUUUUACGACCGUUAGAAGAUUUGAAAGUGUCAGCGAUUGAAGAAUACGACAACAAACUAGAGACGGUUAAUCUUUAUAUCAUUCUGCCGAUUCGAGAAAGUCCGAGUGCUUCUGGGGAUUUAGAACGCUACAUUCGGAAAUAUUACGAACCCACAAUUUUACAGCGUGCUUUCGGAUCUCAAGAUUCUGUCAAUAUCAUUCCUACGCUGAUUAUUUCAAUGUAUAACAGCAAAUCUAAUGGAAUUUCAGAUGCUCAGGAUUCUAUAACACCUUCUGUACAAGACGUGGUAAACUGGUUUCGUGUAAAAUAUCCCGAAUCAAAAAUGGAUGUAUUUCCGAAAGGGAACACUGGUUCGCAAGCGGAACAAAACACUUACUCGCACAAUAUAGAUUUCGCGUACAUGCAAGCUGUUUUACAUAUUUCGAGAUCUCGAAAAGAAGUUACGAGGUCUAAAGAAGAUAAUGAAAAGGACGUAGUGCUGCUAUCUUCAAUGAAAUUUAGUCUAACGAAAAUGAUGCUGGACACGUGUAUUGAAAGAUCAUCUCUAAUAACCAAAGAAGAAAAAGCCGAUUCCGAACAAAACGGCAAACAUAUCCAACUUUAUCAGCCUGUGCCUUUUGCCCUUCAUCCCGGUAAAAAACUAACCGAUUCAAAUAAUAUACCAGAAAAAGACACAGGUUUUUGGUAUCAAAAAGGCGACGAAAAAAAUGAUUUAAACAUGCCGAUUUGUGGAUCUGUAGCUAACUUUAUAUCUGUAGUCGAUAACGUACAAACUGUAACUUCUUCAUUUAUUAAAAUGUUGUUCAAAAAUAUUUAUGAUUCUAAAUUUAUGCUUCAAGUUAUUCCGGACGAGAACGUUCUAUUAAACGAUGCAAGGUAGUGGUGACGAACAGUAAUUUUUACGACGCUUGCCUUUCCUUCUGCAAACAGCCACAAAUAUCUAGUGACUGAAAUCUUUCCUGUUUACAAUUCGAAAUUCAUCUCUGACGAGAAUGUUGUUAAACGAUGCAAAGUAGGGGUGAUAAUUCAUUUUAUUUUUUUAUUCAAUGAUUACGCCUUUUGUUUCAAACAGGGCUUUAUAUAAGCAACCACUGAUAUCUACCGAUAUGCUGUUUUGUGGAGCAAUCAGAAUCUUUCGGUUUCAGCGUUACCUAUCAAAUUUAUUACAAUCCGGUUGAAGUGGUGGGCACUUGAUUUGAACCUGAGUAAUCGCCAUAGCAGCCAAUAAUAAAUUUAUAUGGUAUUGGAUAUAGUCGAUUUAUUUAUCGAUAUAAUCUAUUUGGACAUCCUUGCUAGUUCUUCUAAAUCAGCGUUUCUCAAACUUUUUUUGCCUCUGAACACCUACGCUUUUUAUCUUGCCUCAUGGAACCCCGACAAGUUAGAGAGUAAAAUGUAUGGGUGGUUUCCAGAACAUUUAGCCUAAGGUAAAAUUAAAAAGGUUGUGGUAAACUUGGUUGAUGGUAUUGAAUUGUUAUUAACGAAAAUUCUAUGCUUUCCGUACUAGCACAAGGCAUGUGCACCUGUUUAAAUAGCUGGGCUGUCCGUCGUCUGUUUGUUGCCAGUUAGAAGACAAAUUUAUGACCCUGAGAUUGCUUUGGGGACCAAUUUCGUCGUACGUUCGAUGCCUGUUCUGCAGAACGCUCCCAAAGAAGCUCUGUUCCACGGAACAAAGUUUGAGAAACGCUGUUCUAAAAUUCAUUAUCUUCUGUCUUAGAAGUGGCUGUUUGUCCAGAGUGAUACAAGUCUAAAAAAACAUUCCUCACUUUUUUUCCAGAAGCACAUAUUAUGUCCUGUAUAAGCACUUUAUUCCAAUCACUGUAUAUCUGUAUUUUUAUUUUUUUCCCCAAAUCAGAAAUAUAGCCUUUUUUCUGACAAACAAUUUGAUAUUUUUGACUGGCUUUAAUAGCUCUUCUUAGUGAUUAUCUGUAACUUUACUCAGAGAUGAGUCUCCUUCACUUCUGAGUGAGUUUCUGUAACUUUGCUCAGAGAUGAGUCUCCUUCACUUCUGAGUGUGCGCCUGUAACUUUGCUCAGAGAUGAGUCUCCGUUACUUUUGAGAGAGUGCCUACAACUUUGCUCAGAGAUGAGUCUUCUUUACUUCUGAGUGAGUGCCUGUAACUUUGCUCAGAGAUGAGUCCCCAUUACUUCUGAGUGAGUGCCUGUAACUUUGCUCAGAGAUAAGUCUCCUUUACUUCUGAGUGAGUGCAUGUAGUUCAUAGUUCCAGCAGACUUUGACAAUGAGUGUGAGUAAAGUGAGUGUGCAAAACUUUGCUCAGAGAUGGGUUAUCUUUACUUCUGAGUGAGUGCCUGUAACUUUGCUCAGAGAUGAGUUUCCUUUACUUCUGAGUGAGUGCCUGUAACUUUGCUCAGAGAUGAGUCUCAU